AAGAUAAGUGCUAAAUAUUUGAAAAAUCACGUUGUCUGGACGUCAGUGGAAGAAGAAAAGAAAAUGGCUGCCACAACGCAUGAAGAAAUUGAGGAGCAAGUGCGUAGCCUCCAGUCCAAGAAGCAGGGCCUGGCAAACCUCACAGAGGAGGAGAGGGUCGGGCUUGGAGAAGAGGGCCAUUUUGAUACUGAUAUUUACAGCUCAAAUAAAGGGAAAUAUGAUGGUUAUGUCACAUCCAUAGCGCCCAAUGAAGACCAGGAUGAUGAUGAUGACUACAGCACCAACAUACAGCUUGGCAAGAAGACGCAGUACACAGCACCGCUUAACUAUCUCACUGAUGUGGGAAAUGACAAGGACUAUGAUCCGUUUGCAGAGCACAGGGUGCCAAAGAUUACAGACCGUGAGAAUGAAUAUCAGAAGAGGCGCCGUCAGAUGAUCAUUUCACCAGAGAGGCAUGACCCCUUUGCUGAAGGUGGGAAAACUCCAGACCCUAAGAUGUUAUCUGGCAUGAGGACGUAUGCAGAGAUUCUCCGGGAACAGAGAUUGACCAAGGAGCAGCGUGGUCUCCAGCAACAGAUGGUAGAGAAGGCCAAAGAGGGCACUCUGAAAGUAAGCAACGGCAGCGGCGACUCGGCCGCCAAGUCUGCAAAGAGACGUCGUUGGGACCAGGCAGCAGAAGAUGGCACGGCACCUGCCAAGAAGAAGUCCAGCUGGGAUGCCGCCGAGUCCACCACCCCGUCCCAGGCACGGUGGGAUGAGACUCCAGGGAGACAGAAGGGGGGAGAGACCCCCGGGAAUAUGGCCACACCCAGUACCAGGAUGUGGGAAGCCACCCCGGGUCACGCUACCCCAGGAGCUGCCACGCCUGGCCGGGAUACACCGGGACAUACCACCCCGGGACAUCAAGGGACCCCCAGUGCUAGGAGGAACCGCUGGGAUGAGACCCCCAGGACUGAGAGAGAAACUCCUGGUCAUGGCAGUGGCUGGGCUGAGACACCACGCACAGACCGCGUUGGGGACCAGAUCCAAGACACCCCCACCCCAGGGGCCUCAAAGCGCCGCUCCCGCUGGGAUGAGACCCCUGGCCAAGCCACGCCCAGUGCUAUGACCCCAGCCGGUAUGACCACCCCUGGGGGGAUGACCCCUGCAGGCAGCAUGACCCCAGGGGGAGCCACUCCCGGUGGGUUUACCCCCAGUGGUGUGACCCCCAGUGGUCAGGCAGCUAUGGGGAUGGCUACCCCCACCCCAGGGCAGUUAAUGAGUAUGACCCCAGAGCAGCUGCAGGCUUACACCUGGCAGAGGGAGAUAGAUGAGAGGAACAGACCCCUCACUGAUGAGGAGCUGGACACCAUGUUCCCCCCUGGCUACAAGGCGCUAGCUCCUCCAGCAGGCUACAUCCCCAUCAGGACUCCCGCUCGCAAACUGGUUGCUACGCCGACCCCGAUGAUGAGUGGGGCCAGCGGGACCCCCAUGGGGUUCAGAAUGCAGACCCCAGACCACAAUGUUCAGGUGGUGGACAUGCAGCCCAAGGGGAACCUGCCCAUGAUGAAGCCUGAUGACAUGCAGUACUUUGAUAAGCUACUGGUUGAUGUUGAUGAGGAAAGUUUGUCUCCAGAAGAGCAGAAAGAGAGGAAGAUUAUGAAACUUCUCCUGAAGAUCAAGAAUGGUACACCUCCUAUGAGAAAGGCUGCACUACGACAGAUCACAGACAAGGCCAGAGAGUUUGGUGCGGGUCCUCUCUUCAACCAGAUCCUGCCCCUGCUCAUGUCUCCCACCCUGGAGGACCAGGAGCGCCAUCUAUUGGUGAAGGUCAUAGAUCGCAUCCUGUACAAGCUGGAUGACCUGGUGCGUCCAUAUGUACACAAGAUAUUAGUGGUGAUAGAGCCGCUGUUGAUUGAUGAGGACUACUACGCCAGAGUGGAGGGCAGAGAGAUCAUCUCCAACUUGGCUAAGGCGGCUGGACUGGCCACCAUGAUCUCCACAAUGAGGCCAGAUAUUGACAACUUGGACGAGUAUGUGCGUAACACCACGGCACGAGCAUUCGCCGUGGUUGCCUCAGCCUUGGGCAUCCCAUCACUACUGCCCUUCUUGAAGGCUGUGUGCCGCAGUAAGAAGUCCUGGCAGGCCCGUCACACUGGGAUAAAGAUUGUGCAGCAGAUCGCCAUCUUGAUGGGGUGCGCCAUUCUGCCACACUUGAAAAACUUGGUGGAGAUCAUUGAACAUGGUCUGGUAGAUGAGCAGCAGAAAGUACGUACCAUCACAGCUCUGGCCCUGGCUGCGCUGGCAGAGGCCGCCACACCCUACGGUAUCGAGUCCUUUGACAGCGUCCUCAAGCCUCUCUGGAAGGGUAUCAGACAACAUAGAGGAAAGGGUCUGGCAGCCUUCUUGAAGGCCAUUGGUUACCUGAUCCCCCUGAUGGACGCCGAGUACGCCAACUACUACACACGAGAGGUGAUGUUGAUUCUGAUCAGAGAGUUCCAGUCCCCCGACGAGGAAAUGAAGAAGAUUGUGCUCAAGGUGGUGAAGCAGUGUUGUGCCACAGAUGGUGUGGAGCCACAGUAUAUCAAGGACGAGAUUCUACCAGCUUUCUUCAAACAUUUCUGGAACCAGAGGAUGGCGCUGGACAGACGCAACUAUAGACAGCUGGUGGACACCACUGUGGAAAUAGCCAACAAGGUGGGUGCAGCAGAGAUCAUCAGCCGCGUGGUUGACGACCUAAAGGAUGAGGCAGAACAGUAUCGCAAGAUGGUGAUGGAAACUAUUGAGAAGAUCAUGGCCAACCUGGGCGCCUCUGACAUCGAUUCCAGGCUGGAGGAGCAGCUGAUUGAUGGGAUACUGUAUGCCUUCCAGGAACAGACCACUGAGGACUCGGUAAUGUUGAAUGGUUUUGGCACAGUGGUCAAUGCCCUGGCCAAGAGAGUGAAGCCGUACCUACCCCAGAUCUGUGGUACUAUCCUAUGGAGGUUGAACAACAAGUCAGCCAAGGUCAGACAGCAGGCCGCGGACCUCAUCUCCAAGAUUGCUGUGGUCAUGAAGACAUGCCAGGAGGAGAAGCUGAUGGGUCACUUGGGUGUGGUACUGUAUGAGUACCUGGGAGAGGAGUACCCUGAAGUUCUGGGAAGUAUUCUUGGUGCCCUGAAGGCUAUAGUUAAUGUGAUAGGGAUGACCAAGAUGACCCCACCCAUCAAAGAUCUGCUGCCCAGACUGACACCUAUCUUGAAGAACAGACACGAGAAGGUCCAGGAGAACUGCAUUGACCUGGUAGGGCGUAUAGCAGACAGAGGGGCAGAAUUCGUGUCAGCCAGGGAGUGGAUGAGGAUAUGUUUUGAGCUCCUGGAGCUGCUAAAGGCACACAAGAAAGCCAUCCGCAGAGCUACCGUCAACACAUUUGGUUACAUCGCCAAGGCCAUUGGCCCUCACGAUGUGCUGGCCACCCUGUUAAACAACCUCAAGGUCCAGGAGCGUCAGAACCGCGUGUGUACCACCGUGGCCAUCGCCAUAGUGGCCGAGACAUGCUCCCCGUUCACCGUCCUCCCCGGGCUGAUGAACGAGUACAGGGUCCCCGAGCUGAACGUACAGAACGGCGUCCUCAAGUCCCUGUCCUUCAUGUUUGAGUACAUUGGGGAGAUGGGGAAGGAUUAUAUCUACGCUGUGUCGCCGCUGUUUGAAGAUGCACUAAUGGACAGAGACCUUGUCCACCGUCAGACGUCCAUGGCGGCCAUCCAGCACAUUGCGCUAGGUGUGUACGGGUUUGGUUGUGAGGACGCACUCACCCACCUGCUAAACUACGUCUGGCCCAACGUGUUUGAAACCUCACCCCACGUGGUGCAGGCGUUCAUGGGGGCUAUAGAGGGGAUGAGGGUGGGCCUGGGACCUGCCAAAGUGUUACAGUAUGCCAUGCAGGGUCUGUUCCACCCAGCCCGUAAGGUACGCGACGUCUACUGGAAGGUAUAUAACACGGUGUACAUAGGAGCCCAGGACGGGAUGAUCCCCUCCUUCCCACGGAUACAGAAUGACGAGAAGAACAACUACAUCAGAUACGAGCUGGAUUAUAUACUAUAGAGGACAGUGGUGCGGAUUUAAUUCCCUGUAAAGAACUUGAAUGUGGUGUUAUAAGCCACAGAGAAUAAACAGGAGGACAGGUGUGGUUUUGUAGGCUGACUCGGGACUUUGUGAAACGCCGUGUUGUCUGGCAUUUGUACUACAGCGUUCAAUGUCUGAGGUAGCAGACUCUGAAAACUUAAAGAAUUUGCGAUGUUUCAAAGCGACAUAUAGACGGUAAUGCCCAUGCUGUAAGCAGGAAUUAAUAUCUGUCUCGCACCACGUCUUUAAAUUACAUAAUUCAUGUAUGUCACCGGUGAAAUCUCGUCCACCCACAGAAAAUUGUCAAAAUCUGGCGAGAGAAGUUCUCACCGUUUCACUGAUCUCUGACACAGAAACUGUAUGUAACAGAACGCGAUUCGGUUGGUAAACAACGCCGUAUUGGCUGUGAGGAUGAACUUGAACGAAUUGACAAGAAAUCGAUGAGAAGUUUAAUUACACCGGAGAGCGGUGUUGCUGUGUGCUUUAGAUUUACAUGUCGCGGGUCUGAGCUGUGUUAAGCAUACAGCGCCUUGUAGUGGCGCAAGUUGUUGGCGUGAUCGGUGUUGAGUUGUGCCACACAUUCAUCCGAUUAAAUAGAGAUGUGGAGAAAAUUUAACGAUAAAGACUGCGAAACCACAACAUGUACAGAAAGUAGCAGCUAAGGAUGAAGAAUAUGUUCUGAUUACUAUACCUAUCUCCUGGCAGACGACAGUUUUAAUCAUUUGAUUACCAAAAUUUGUGUGAAAAAUUGUCAUGACGAGUAUGUAAUGUUCAGUUUUUCUUCUCCAAGACUGGAGGAUGAAAUGAAAUAAGAGAAUUCAAGACGAAUAGAUAAAAAAUAUUACCGUCAUCCAGCGGUUGCUGUGUGACAAUGAAUUCUGGAGAUGUGAAUCGAGCAAUGUUGUAAAUAAACCAUUUCGUAUAAAA